AUGAUGCGUAAAUUAACAAAGUUAUUUACGAAAAUAUUUUACCUUAGGCACCUGAAAAAUCGAUAAAUCAUUUGUUAAGAGCUUUAUCUGACCACACAGUCGACAUUUCUUCAUUUUUACAACGAAUUUACAAAAAAAUUUGUCAAUUUGAUAACUCCAGUGACAGUCCUAUGACAGUCCCAGUCUACCGUGCUGCCAUCUAUCUACUUGCUCCAACGUUAGAUUCAAAUAAAAUGGCGACUCAGUUUACCUGUCUGUCUAAUAUCGUGGUUGACCGUUGACAGUUGACAGUUAACACCGCAGCAGCAACUAACAAUUUUCAGUAUUUCAAUUUUCAGUGCAUUACACGUUAUUCUACGGUGCAUCAUAGGUGUUUAAUCGUUGUUAAUAGUUAUUCCCUAAAUAUGUUCGAUUGGGUUAAAUAGACAAUGAUAGGGAGGAAGACGCUGUACUUUAUAACUAUACUGAAAAGAUAAAUGGCCCAGCCCCCUUGUAAAAGAACUAGAUUGGCGAUUUCUUCAGACUUGGAAACUCUGUCCGGAAUAAGUGAAAAUAUGGAUGUAACAACCGAAAACAGAAGUGUAGAAGUUCAAGGAGCUGGUGCACAGGAUCUUGAAGGGAAUAGGCAAUGUAAUUCUGACAACAGAAAAAGUUGUCUUAUAGCCUCAGAACAAUUUAAGGACCUUCUUAGAAAAUCCUAUGCGUUUGUUGAUAAAACGCUAUUUAUACAAAAAUUUUUUGGUUUUGAUCCGAGUUAUGAUCCCAAUGAAGAAUUAAGUGCAGAGAGUAUGCUCAUUACAGCACCUAGUCGGUUUGGUAAAUCAGUAAUCAUGAAUACCUUGAAGGUGUUCUGUGAACCAGAUGUGGAUGAACAAGGAAAUAUCGUUACCUGUUUGAAAAAGAAUGUAGCCGGAAAAUGGGUCGAAGAUAAAAACAAAACUCCACCAAAAAAUUACAAACUAUUCAAGACCGUUAUUAGAAACAAGCACUUGCAAAUUUACAGCUGCACCUGUCUUACAAAGCACAUGGACGACGAUUUGGAAAAUGGAACAUGCGACAGCAGACAAUUCUUCUACCAACAUUGUGGUCAGCAUCCAGUAAUUUUCUUUAGCUUGAAGGAUAUUUCGCCUCAUAAUUGGAACGGGUUUAUUAAGACACUCAAAGAAAGUCUGUGUCAAACAUAUAAAAAGCACAUGUAUUUGGGUGACCAAAGAAGUCGUUUAGAUGAGGAUAUGAAGCUAGAGUUUAAUUUGUUUCUUAAGGGUAAGAAACGUGAUUUGGAUAAGGAAGGUCAACCAAUUACCUUGAAGUUAGAUGAAGAAGAUUUGCGAUAUUCUUUAUACAAUUUGAUAGAAUAUUUGUACAUCCAAUUCAAUAAAACAGUGCUGAUAUUAAUAGAAGAAUUCGACGCUCCUCUUAUGAAGUUGCUACAUAACCCAGAAGAAAACAUAAAAGAAGCGUACAUAAGAAAGACCAUUCGGUAUAUCGGGGAAAUGUUGAGUACCGUUCUAAAAGGUAAUGAGAAGGUAUUAGGUGCAUUGAUUAACGCCUGUGUUUUAUUGUCAACAACUAUAUCACCGUACGCGAACAAUGUUUCUAUUUGUCCAUUCCUAGAAAAUCAUGGUUUCUCUGAAUAUUAUGGAUUCACCAAGGAUGAAGUAGCAGAUUUACUAAAGAUGCCUGAAUUCAAGGGUUUUAAUGGAAACGACAUUUUAUCUUAUUAUAAUGGCUAUAAAGUGCUUGGCACAAAUCUGCAGAUAUAUAACACAUAUUCUGUUUUAAAAUACCUCCAGGAUUGGAAAGAUGCACGUGAACGCGGGAAACGUGAAACUAAUAAGAGUCCAGAUAUGAAGAAGCACGCACCUAGAUCUUAUUUUAGUAGCCACGGGAUUCAACCAUUGAACAAACUGUUUGCAGUUGAGGGUCUUAGAGACAAAUUUAGUUGUAUUAUUACCGAAGGUACAGUUACUGUAGAGAAGCCUGUGGAUAAGUUGACACCUGAACACGUUAUGAUACUGAUGGAAGUGAUGUUACAACCUAGUGAGGUCGAUGACGAACAUGCCAAUUUAUUCCUCCAGUAUAUGAAGGAUCGGGGAUAUUUCAACAUAAUUGAACGGAAUCGAAACCAGCAUGUUUACGUUAUACCAAAUGGUGAAGCAACAGACGAAAUUCUUUCUCAGUUUUAUGAUACAUCGUACUUUAAGAGCAAAUACAAUAUUAGUAACGAGAUGAUUAGAAAAUAUAGGACGGCUAUAAAUGAUUUAGAUCGUCACAAUAAUGAAUCAUUUCAAAAGUUCGCAGAUUCCAUUGCAAGCUUAUUUUCUGGAAGUUUCAAGCCAAAGAAUCAUGAUGAACUUAAGGGUAUUCUCUAUGCUUUUUGUGUAAACAAAUUCGAUACAUUGUGCGAAGGAUUUUGUCAAGAAAAUAAAAGAAAUCGAUUUGACUUACUGUUAAUAAGAAAGGAUGGCACAGGAAUAAUUAUAGAAGUGAAGUUUGGUCAGAGGAGUGCACAAAAUGGUCUCAAACAAAUUUUUGACAAUGAGUACUAUAAAGCUUUUGAAGGAAAGAAUAUUACAAAAGACAAAAUAUAUAUUGGGCUACACACGAACCAUCAAAAAGUAACUGUCUGUGGUUUUGCAACAUCUUAUGAACAGGUUGUUGACUCUUUCGCAAAUAUUUCUGUUGACAAGCUGAUCGUAAAAUCUAGUAAAUUGUAAAGGAUAUGUAUCAUAUAGCUUAGUUCACAUAAAUCCCUUAUGAAACUUAACUUUUAGACGUUCCGUCGGAUUAUAACAAAACGAAAAAAAAAUUGAAAUUAUCGUUUAUGUUAGCUAAGCUGAUAUAUGGUACCGAAUUUGUUUAUGUUUAUACAUUUCUAAAAACUGUGUUUCUGUACAAAAUGUGUUAUCUCAUUUACGAACGGUAGAAGUGUGAAAUUUGUUUACCUAGAAUAAAAUGAGAUUGAAAACGAUAAUUUUAUGUAUUUAUUUUUAUUGAUAUAGGUUGUCUAGACAGGAUUUUUUAAGUCUAAAUGUUUUUGUAUGAUACUAACUUUAUUAUAAAAAAUGAUCAAAAUAUUAACAAUGUUUCAUGUAAUAAAAAACGACCUGUCAUAUUUUGUGA